AGAAUUUUGUUUUGAUUGUACGCCUUGGGGCUUGGCUCUUUGUACAGUGUUUAUAAUCUUUGUUCUGUGAUUCACCUUCUGUAGUUUUGUAGGAGUAGAAUAGUGAAGUGAGGAAUCCUUAUGAGAAACGCAUCGUAAUUAGAAAAUCUUAUGCAAAUUUCUGCGUCUAAAUUGCGCAUCUAAUGGUAACAACUUUCCCAAGUAGAUUGAGGAUUUGUUAUAAACAAUAUCCUUCCUCGUUUUGUUUAUGCCGCGUAUAGUCUUGUUAAAAAGUUGUUAUAGUGGGGCAUAAAUAAUGACCCUGGUUAAUUAUCAUUUGGGGACUUGAGGGCUCUUAAGAAAUUGAUAAUAAAACCACCCAAAAAUGAGUGAGAAAACUGGGAAAACUUUAGUCGGUGCCGGCGGUACCUCAAUACCGAACAAAAUGCGGCUUUAUGCUACGUGGGUCGAUCGCACCCCACCAAACUGCAUUCCCAGGCUCUGCACUUUAACUUUCACCAGACUUCACAUCCUGAGACCUCUCGGUUCAGAUUUAGCCAGUGUGUCUAUAGCUGUUAAAAUGCAGUCAAGUAAACGCACAUUGAGGUCACAGGAACUGUUGGUGCCCCCUAAUGGUUUACUCGAUACACCCCUUGAUAUCACUUUUAGUGUGCAAUAUCCUCAUUUUCUUAAGAGGGAAGGUAAUAAAUUGCAUAUUUUGCUGCAGAGGAGGAAGAGGUACAAGAAUCGAACUAUGCUUGGGUUUAAGACUUUGGCUGAAGGUGUUAUUAGGAUGGAUCAGGUACUACAGAGACCUCUGGACAUCGAGCUCGACUUAACCACAGAGGGAGGCGGUAAAGACAAAGUCUCUGGACUGGUGGCUCGUCUAUACAUUCUUCAGGUAAGCUCUAACCCGGUUGAUCAACAAGAGCACAAACCUGAUAGAGAACACGAUUUCAGUGACGAAGACGAUGACAUAUCGUCGGGAGAAGAAGAAGUGGGCGAUCUGUCGGAUUGCGAGCCGAUUCGCACGAAAAUGCCGCACACUCGUCAUAAUUUAAAACAGAGAUUCGUCGCGUUACUAAAGAGGUUUAAAGUGCCAGAUGCAGAAGGUGGUCGCGGUCCGGAUCUGGAUAAUCCGAGCGAUAUCCAGGCGUUGUUUCACGAGUUGGAGUCGUUGAGCUGCGACGAGGAUUCCGGCGCGGAACAAGACACCAUGUCUAUAUCGAGCACUCCGAAACCGAGUUUACGUCCAUUUUUUAGUAGCAGUAGAAGUUUGUUGGAGUCAAAUGCUGUUCCUUAUAUUGAGGCUGAACCGAUCGGAGACGAGAAGACUGCAUCCGGAAGCGACGGCAACACCGAUCUCCUCACCGACCCUGAGGCCCAAAGCGACCCCCAAACCGGCUCUCCACCGCGCGAGCACUACUCCUCAAAAAAACACGGCAACGACAACGAUUUAACUGUAAUGUUCCAAGACUUGAGCGAGAAAAAGUCAAAACUGUUUAGGACUUCCGCUUCCGGUGUCAAAAAGAAAAACUCGCUGAGCGUCAGUUCCGACACGCCCACGUUAGAAGUAACUGUGCGCAAAGGUUUCCUGGACCAAAUCUCGAGGCUACUGCCCACGGAGGAAAACUCACUUCCGGAGUGUAUCACGUUGAUUUCCGGUCCGGAAAACGUCGCCUCGGCCAUAUCGAAUAAGCUCGGGUCCGUUCAGCCGAAUUUUCGGGUUUUUCAGCCAACUUCCCAUAUGGAAGUUAAGGCCGUUCUAGUCGCUUUAUUCUCGAAGAUACAGAAAUAUUGCAACAGUUGUGCGAAACCGUCGACUCCAAUAAAACUCCUUCUGGUGGGAGGAGAUUCUUUGGUCGGUUGGUUCGUGCGGCCGUUUGUGGAAUCGUUAUCCAGUAAACCGCCGGAAUGGUUGUCGUUUAUUUCCGUCUUUAUCGCACCGCUGGGCGGUUGCGGGGUGUGUCGACAUUUGGCUGCUCUGGAUCCCGCUUACUUCUCACUCUUUCCCAACGAAAUCGAUACGAAACCCGACGAGAUUGCUCAGAGAUUAAUUAGAUAUACGUCAGCAUCACCCGCUGCCCCGGCAGCCCACUUGCCCAUCGGCGAAGCCAUGUUAACCUGUUACGAUGAAACUAGUCAGCUCUUUAUUCCUUUUAUACACGAAGUUCGUGUCGGUCCGGCGGAACAAACGAUCUCAACGUCAGUAGACAUGGACGAGGUAUGCCUGAGUCCUCCUUCGGCCCCCUCUCUCACUCCACCCUCUUCGCCCAACGUGCAGAUCAGGGAGUCCCCUUGGGAACCUUUGGAACUCCAAAUUGACUAUUGGCAAAUGCCGAAGUGUAAUGACAAUAUUAUUAAGACUGAUAAGGAUAAACCGAAACAAGAUGGAAAAAUAUCACUUAAAGGAGUGUUUCGGGGAUUGCAAGCCACCCCGAGCAACGUAUCAGGCCUAUGUGUAAAUAUUUAUAUAACCAGCAAGGAAAAGAAGCAGAAAAUAAUGCGAUUAGGUAAGAAAAAAGAGAAAGAAAGAGAACCAGAGCCCCGUUGCCAGAAUGUGGAGGGAGUGUCCAGGCUGAUAUGUUCCGCCCGGGCCUCGCAUACUACUCCGAUGAGAGUUACUAUCGACGGGGUGGAAUUCAACGGUGUCAAGUUCUUCCAACUGAGCUCCACUUGGCAGACCCACGUGAAACAGUUGACCGUCUCGCUGAUCGGAAUCCCGCUGGCCAGUACCGAGAUCAAUUGAACCGACGCCGACGCUUACUACGCUGCUCGCACGAGACUACUCCCCCUUUCUAUAUCUUUAAAUUGCUCUUUAGUAAGAUACCGUGUAAGUGAAUAGUAUUAGAAUAAUUUAGAGAUUGUUGUUUUGUAGAUAAGAUAUUAAAUGCUCAACGAUAUCGGACGUGUUAAUAAAUUGAUUAAACUAUGGGAAUGUGAUCGAUGUGGUAGGUUUAGUGUGGGAGUGUUUAGGUUUAUUUUUUUUUUGUAAGAAGGUUGUUUAUGUGAGGCAUCGAAAUCUGGAUAAGAAAUGGUUUCGUUUUUUGUUUGUGUCUAUGGAAAUUAGGCAAAAAAAAUCCUUUAAAUUACACUUUUUUUGAGGCAUGUCUUAAAAAAAUAUAUACGUAUACAGUAGUGGAAAAAAGUUUGGAAACUUUUUAAGAUGAUAAGUAUCUUUGGUUUCUGUCUAUUAUUGCAGCCUACACAUUUAUUUGGAAUCUGACUUAAUAUUAAUUUAUUUCUUAAAAAAAAAAUCAUUUUGUUUAGAGUUUUUGCUUUUAAAUAAGGAAUUUUUAAGUAAAGGUUGGAAAUAAGUAUGGAACUCUUAUUAUCUCAUAAAAAAUUAAGUUAUAUAAUAUUCUUUAGCAUCUAAGACUGCCCUGGCAUCUUUUACCCAGAGAGUCAACUAAUUUUUGUUUUUGCAAAGGAAUUUGCAUUCCUUUUAAUUUUACGAUAUUAAACAAAUGAAUCCUAUAAAAGCAAAAUCCAACAAAUCUACUUUUAGAAAAUUUUAGGAAAUGAGAAAAAACGAUAAGGAGAAGUUAAAAGCUCAAUAUCUUUUUAAGUUUCUUUAUAUACAUAAAGCAAGUAAUCAAGCAUCUAAUUUUGAAUAAUUCAACCUGGAAAAACCUCUUAGUGUAAAGUUAUUUGAAAUUAAUUUUUUUUUGUCGGGUUUUAAAACUGACCAUAGUGGAUUUGUCGUAUUUUGUAAAAAAAAAACUUUUGUUUUUGAAAUACGUAUUUUAUUACGGAAAAAUUUAACAAACAUAGAUACUUAUACUGACAUUAUUUAAAAAAUACUUUAAACUAACAAAUCACUUGAAUAAGGCAUGUUUUUACACAAAUUCUCUUCAUUUUCUGGAAUUUCCAUGUUCUCCAGAUUUUCCAAUUCGUAUUUUUCAAGAAUAUUCUUAUAGUAUUCCAAUUCAUUCAGUUCUUUUCAUUUAUCUGCAUAAUGUCUGGUGAGGAGUGUUUGGACAUCCUUUAGCUUUUUAGGAUUUUGCCGCAUACCGUUUAGGACUAAUACUGGUUUUAUGUCGGUUGGUGACUUGCCCUUUUUUAAGACUGAUUUGAAAACACCCAGAUCUGAUUUAUAGGACUGCUCUCCCCGAAUCGUAACCUGUCCAAAACUAGUGCGAUUCAAUAUGUACCUCUUGCAUGCAUUAAAUGAGAAGUGCCAAUGUCAAGUAGGUUUUACUGUUUCCUUACAAGCUUUCUUCCAUAAACUUUACCGUGAUCAGCAAAAAUAUUUAGGUACUGUUCUAUGGAGACUAAGACUUCUUCUUUUUUUAUAUUUUUUUGAAUUCGAGCUAACACACGAUCUGCAGGGAGAAAAGAAUGAACAACUGGAAAGAUAAUUUCUAAUUUUGAGACUGACUGAGGAGCCUUCUGACUAAGCCACAUGGUACAUAUUAUAAUUAAAGUAGAGUUUUUAUUCUGACCUGCACAUCCGUCAGCAACAAGUCUUACUUUAUUUCUAUUCCUAAGGUCUAGUUGACAAAGUUGGUAAAAAACAGCACUUGCUAUUUCAUUUGAUCCCUUAUGGUAUUCGUCUUCAGUCCAAGCAUAAAUUGACAGAUUAUUUUUAGUGAGGGGUGAAUGUGAACUGCCAGUAAUAAUGGUAAAAUUGUAAAUAUAAAGCUGGCGGCUAUAAUAAACUGAUUGGUCAGGAAUCUUUGGUAGGACUUGAUUCUUCUGGCAAUCAAAUGAUAUUGUAAUUAGUUCAGGUUUUUCUUCUUUUAAAUGGUCAAAGAAAGCCUUGGCGCGUAAUUUAUGUACAUGUCUUUCCGUGAUUAGUUAAUUUUUUUUAUUUUCGUCUUUCUCAUUUUUAAUUUUUUCUGUUAAUUGAAGACACACGGAAUACACAUCAGUGCGGGGUGAACCAAAGCCAAUGUUGUAAUUGGUAUUAAAUAUCAUUGCAAAAUAACUUUUUUUUUUAACAAGGAGGGUUGGUAUUUCGUUCAUUUUUUGACAGUAUAGUCUCCACAUCUUUGAAAUACUAAGUGUUGAGGGUAAAUAUUUGCGGUUAGUUCUGUUUUGGCAAUAAUGAGACUCGAUUACCUUAAAACUUUCAAUGAAUUUCAUUACUGACUCUUUUUUCGCACUAUAUUUUCAAGAAAUUCUGUCAAGAUUCUUUAAACCUCUUUAAAACCCCAUUAAUCCGAUCUUUACCAACUGCCAAAAUUUUAGUAAAUGCAAUCCUGCAAACUGGAACCAGUUUUAAAGUAUUGGCCUUGGGAAUAUUAUAAAUAACUGAAAAACUUCUUUUAGACGCGCCCUUUUCAUUUUGGGUCCUUUUGCGUUUAAUAUCUCUAAUCAGGCAGUGCUUUAAAAUUAGGUUGUCUUGCUCAAUUUUAGUUUCGUGAAGAUGAAAAGUUUUAUGAAAAUUUGAAACAUCGUACAUUGACAAUGAACUGCAACGAUACGAUUUUGUCGCGUGUUUACAUUUUGGAUACUCCGGCAAACUUUUAUUCUUGUAUCUAGAAUAUUGAAUAUAUAAGCACUGUCAAUAAGUUAAAAAAAAAAACUUACCUCUCAUUUUGUUCUCGUUUUCUCUUCCAAGUUUCUGGUUUAGCCACUUUUUCCUUGCUAAGAGAGGCAUCGUAGGUUUUCAUAGAGUUUUAGGCACUUAAAACUUAUUAUUUAAUAAAAAAAUUGGCAAUAAUUAAAUAAAAGUACAAAAUACUAUUGUUCGAGUCCGCGAACAACGUUAUACUAACAAACAUUGUAAAAAAUUCGCGCGUAAAAUUAUUAUUGUUAUGUGGACGCCGGGAGCGCCGUGAUUGGUCGAAAUGGAUUUGGCGGAUUUUGAAACUAUAGCCAAUAUUCUACUUUAAAUUUGAACGUAUUUUGACGGUUUUUGAUACCACAAACCUAUUUAAAUCUGCAGAUUUUUUUUAUGUAAACAGUUCAAAACAAUAGCCUCGUCUUUGACCAAAAGUGGAUUUGUCGGGUUUUGCUUCUAUAAACUUUCCAUAAAGACCUCCAUUAUGUAGAUGGUUUCUUAUGCUUUAACCCGUACCCGUUAAUAGGAAAUUGUUCCGAGAUUUCAUUUAUAAUUUACCUGAAAUUAGUUUUUUUGGGGUCAAGUUUCGAGGUCCUUAAAAUAGUUUUUUUAAAUUCCGAAAUUAGUCUUACGAGGUCUUCGGUGCAUCCCUUGCAUCACCACAACUAUCAUUUUUUUACAAUUAUUUUCAUUACAGCACUUUUAGGAAUAUUGAGAGAUUCUGCAACCAACGACCUUUUUCUUCCACCACAAACGGUGUCUUGGCAUGAUAAGUUAAUUAAUUAAUUGGUUAACACAAUAUUUAAUCAGUAGAAAUAGCCACCAUAAUUUUUUUUUAAUACAAUUCUUUUUUUUUAGACUUAUGAUUAUGUAUUAGAAAAAGACAAACUUAUGCCAAUAACAAUGUGUAACGCAAAGAAAGAUAUAAGCAUAAACAAAAUAAUAUUAUUAAAUUUAAUAUCUGAUGUUUUGUCUUAAACAGAAGUACGGAGCAUCAACUUUUUUUUUAAAAAACAAUCCUGGCAACUAAAGAUAAUGUGUUAUAGAAAAUGACAGAUUUAUGCCAAUCACACAAGACAAAGAAAGAUAUGGUAAAAUGUUUUUUUUUUAACAAAAUAUAAUUUUUAUUAAAUUUAAAAUCCGACGUUUCGGCUUUGUCAAGAGCCAUCAUUAUAUUUUUCCAUGAAGUUUUAAGAGUAAGAGUCCCGAAUCUUAAACUUUGGAAGUUGGACGCGUACCAAUUGCACAAAACUAAAAAAUACUUUAACAAUGCCUUUUUUUUAUAAAUUAUACCAUAUGACAAAAUGGACUUUGGCAAUUAUUUUCUUAUGAAUUUGUACGGAAAAAAUAUUUUGAAUUAUUUACGGUUUUGUUUUUACACAUUGUAAAUCUCAAAUUUUAAGCUUGAAUAGUUAGACGCGUACAAAUUGCACAAAAGUACAAAAAUUUUAAGCUUUGAUAGUUGGUCGCGUACAAAUUGCACAAAAGUAAAAAAUUUACUUUGACAAUGAUUUUUUUAUAAAUUAUAAUAAAAUAAAUACAGCAGACAGGGAACUUGGACGGGUACAAAUUGCAUGGCAUUUUUUUAAAAAUUAAUUACAGUAAUUUUUCUCCUACACAUUCUCGUAGUUUCAAAUUGUGAACUUUGGAAGUUGGACGCAUACACAUUACACAAAAUUACAAAAUUACCUUUGACAAUGAUUUUUUUAUUAUGAAGUUAUACUAUAGUAAAAUUUGCAUGGAAAAUAUAUUUUGAAUGAUUGAGUCAUGUUUCUACACAUUGUAAGAGUCCCAAAUUUGAAGCUUUGAUAGUUGGACGUGUACAAAUUACACAAAACUAACAAAUUGACUUUAGCAACAAUUUUUUUUAUAAAUUAUACCAUACAAGAAAAUAAAUCCAGCAGAGCAGAAAGUUCGAUGGGUGCAAAUUACAUCGAAAAAAAUACUUUGAAUAAAUUAGAGUCGUCUUUAAUUUACUCAUUGUAAAGGUUCCAAAUUUUAAACUUUGAAAGUUGGACGGUUACAAAUUGCACAAAACUAAAGCAUUUAACAAAAUAAAUGCAGCAGACCAGGAAGUUGAACGGGUACAAAUUGCAUGGAAAAAUAUUUCGAAUUCAUUACAGUCAUCUUUAUUUUACUCAUUGUCAAAGUUGCAUAUUUUAAACUUUGAAAGUUGGGCGGUUACAAAUUGCACCAAACUAAAAAAUUCACUUUAAGGAUGAUUUUUUAAUAAAUUAUACUAUAUCAAAAAAAUAAAUAAAGCAAACCAGGAAGUUGGACGGGUACAAAUUGCAUAAAAGUAAGGAAUUGAUUUUGACUUAUUAGAUAUUCGUGGAAUUGUUAAGACUUAUUCAGCAAUUGGGUUAGAAAGGGAGCUUAAAACCUAAAAGGCUUUAUGGUUAUAUAAAACUAUACUGAAUCCAAAGCUCACCUGCAAGUUAUAGGGUUUUAUUUGUAACUUUUGUUUUGUUUCUACACUGUUCUUCAAAAAUAGUUUAUUUUUUUAUAUUAUCGUUUUGUACUCUGUUUUUCCAUUUUUCAUGAAUUUUUUCUCUGUUCAUUUUAAAGUGGAUACUGAAAAACAGGAAAAAAUAUUUUGAAUCACAAUAAAUAAAUACCCUUAAAAAUACUUAGGAAUGCCAUUUUUUAGUACAUAACCUCAGAUACCUCUAAAUCUUACUGUAAAUUAAUUUCCAUGUAGCAGGGAAAAAGUUGCAAAUAAUACAAUUUUUCCAAAAUUGUUGGUAUCAGUCUGUAUAUUACGGUAUGUUUUAAUAAAAGCUCCUCCGACAUUUUUUCUAAAUAACUAAUAAUAUAAUCCAUUAUAAUAUAAUAUACUUAAUAUAAUUAAAUGCCAAACUAGCAAAUGCUUCUAGCUUCACCCCUUUUAAGCUUUGCAUCCCUUGCGAACAGGAAAGAGUAGUUUUUUACUAUAAUAGGCUCUAUUUAAGUAAUACAAUAUAUUAUUCUUAACAAUAGUGAAUAGUGUUUUUUGCUUUAAUCCAGUUCAAAGGAUACAAUAAUAAUUAUAAUCUUAAUUUGCUCAAGUGAAAACAUCCUAUACCAUAAAAUUUCCAUAAUUUUUUUUUAUCCAGAUUACGAUGCAAUUCAACCAUAAUCUUAUGAACGAUAAUCGAACGAAUGUCUCGUUAUAUUUUGUGAUAUUUUCAAUCCUGAAUCGCGCAUAUCUUACUCGAUAUGAAAAUAUAGGAGGAAACUCUCGUGUUAUUCACCUUAUUAAUAAUAUAUUUAUAUCGUAGUAUGUACUAGACACGCCUAUUCGUUGAAUGAUAUUAAAUAAGUUCGCAUGGGUGCAAUAUUUAGCCAAAAAAAAAAGAGAAAAUACAUCCAUUGUGCGCAAUAAGUAGUAUUCCAGAAAAAAAAAUGUGUUAUUAUGUAUAUGUACUAAUUUAUGUGCUAGCUUUUAAGGUAACGUUUUUUUGUAUAUAUGCGAUGUGUUGAAUAAAAAGGACGCAGUGAGUCACA